UCACUGGAGCUGCGGUAUCAAGUUACAACACACUGGUGCCACGUUGUUUGCUUAUUACAGCUCCGUUAUAUUUAGUGUGGGUUGUUUUACAGGCCUUUGAAAACUAUAGGGAUACGUAGUUAGGAUAUUUGAAUAGCCCUACUGCUAAACAAACACGCAAUUCUGUCCACCUUUUGCUAGUUUGAAUUUACGGGCGAAACCUUGAACCUUGUACUACAGUGCUGCAGUAUCCUAGAGAAGCCUCCUGUUUCAUUAUUUAAAAAGAAGAUGGCGGAGUUCUCCCCAGUGCUGCCACUAAGGGAUGGAGGCGGUCGGUUCGGACAACCAGUCUUCCCCAGGUCCCGCUCCGGUUCGGAGUCUGAAGCCGAACUGUCCCAGAGCCUGGCCCUGACCAAGACCCGCUCGUACGGCAGCACCGCCAGUGUAACCGCACCGCUGACAGAGAAAUACAUCGAGCACCGGGUCAGUGCGAGUGAUACUCUGCAGGGAAUCGCUCUCAAAUACGGAGUCACGAUGGAACACAUCAAGAGGGCAAACAAACUCUUUAGCAACGAUUGUAUAUUUCUGAAGACAAGCCUAAAUAUUCCAGUGAUCUCAGAGAAAUGUACAUCGUUUAAUGGACUAAACUCAUUAGAAUCGCCAGACAGCGAGGCCAGCGUGACCGUGGCAGAGGAUGACACUUCUCCUUCUUCUUCUACCGCGUCUCCUUCUCCCAACACUCAGGAACCUGACAGCCAGCCCACUCAGCCAGCGGAGCUGUCCGCCAAAGAUUACUUACAGAGACUGGACUUGAAAAUUCAACUCUCCAAACAGGCUGCUAGGAAACUAAAAGAGGAGGACAUCAGACUGGAGGGGGAAGACCAUGAGCAUGCAUCCUCUUCAUACCAUACUCACUGAACCCGCUGAAUGGAGUCGUGAUGGGGCCUCAAGCUGUAAAAACUUUCUUUGUUUUUGGAGAGGCAAAGACAUUUCCAAGAACAUGGACACUUUUUUCUUUUGUUGUUUUGGCAGUUUUUUGUUUGUUUUUAUUUUUAGUUUAUUUUUUGUUGUUGUUUUUCUUAUGCUUUUACCAGACCAUCAAACAGGUACUUUUGACUUGUGUUAUUUGCACUAAAACUGAACAGUUACUCUUUGCCUUGUUUUAUGGAACUGUCUAUUGCCACAGUACUGUGGUAACAAAUACCCAUGUGAAUAUUAACACUGGACCAGAGUGUGGGUAAGAGAUUUUACAUCAGUCAUUUACCAUGCUAAUACUGGUGCUGAAACCAAGCUAUUCAGAGCAGCAUGGUUACAAAUCAAGAUCUCAGCUAACUUAACAAGGGAAAAAAAAGACAUACAGUGCUCAUUUCUUUUUAUGUGCAUUUACUUUAAAGACAGGAAUGAGCGGGCACUGAUCACUAGAUAUUACAUGGUUGUUGUGUGAAUCACUUAAUGGACAAAUAUUGUUUCCAAAGGCAUUGGCAUCAAAUAAUUAAACACUUUCACCACAAUAGCUUUAUUUUUAAUUCAGAUUGUUGUACCGCUUUUUGCUUCAACAGUACUGUGGAAAUUGACCUUGCCUUUUUGAUUGUAUUUUAUUUAUUGUUUUAAAUCCAAGGUCCUUACUAUUAUAGUGAUAAUGGUGAGAGUGUGUUGAGGCUUCAGGCAACCAUGGCUGUCAUUGCACCCACAUGUCACACAAGCACAGACACUCAUUUCAUUAGACUACAGUUGGUCAACUGUGUGACCUUUUAACCCAGCUGAGGUUCAAAUAAACUUGCAAAAUAUGUCCGCAUGUCAAGAAACUGAGACUAUCACGAUACGCCUAUAAAAGCAUUCCUAUAACUAUAUUCUUUUGUAUUACAAAUGCAAACUAUGGAAAUCUCUCACUGUACAUAAGCUGUGGGUGCGUGGAAGCGUGUUAUUCUUGUUUGCCUGUUCGAUGCUACUGAAUGUUUUCCGAAAGGGAUUAUUCUGUUUAGAAGCAUCCAUGUUUCGGUUGUGUGGUGAGUGAAGUUUGAACUAUUAUGGCUUUGAUUGUGUUUUAUUGUGCUUUUAUUGUAACUUAUGGUUUUAAAUACAUUAAACAAUUCUAUGACAAAUGUACUUGUGUUUUUCUGAACCUCUUUCUUACCAGCUGCUUUCAGUAACAGGGGUUUUAAAUCUUAAGGAUGUACUUUUGUUCUGUUUUUAUUUUUUAGUUAGCUUUCAUUUACUCUUUGUUGUUUGCUCUUGAAUGAUCUAGUAACACAAUGCAGGGUCCAGUCUGGGUGUGGCUUGAUAUUGCUGCCCCACCUAUUUUCACAUCACACUUCUAAAAACCAGGAGUGACUGUAUUUGUAAUGUGUUAUUCUUGGGAGACCACAUAUUUCAAUAUUAACUAGAGGAAUAUUAAUAUAAAUGUUUGUUUUGUUUUUACAGGCCUGCACCUUAUAUAAAAUCUUAAUAGAUCAAAGUUCCUCAAUCAUUAACAGCAUGCUGGAUGAUGAAAGCUUGUGAUUUUAAAUUAGAACUGAUUAGUAAUUGGUUUGAAAAUUAAGCCUUUAGCGACAUCAGUUACAGCAUAUGAAAGGACAAUAUAGUUUUAUUUUUAAUGUUUGCCUAUUACUUCAUUUAUCUUCAUUAACUGUACAUUAUCCACCAAACCUCUUUGUAAGUAUUGGCUAUAGAGCAAGGUAAUGCUCUGGGUAUUGAAAUAAUUCAAUUAAAAGCUAUCCAGGUAAAGGAACCUAAUAUAACUGUUAAAUACACUAUGUCUUCAUUAUAAUUCUGCUCCCAGUAUUGGGCUUCUAUCAGAGCUUUAUAACACUGCACUUGUACAGUCUGUUUGUUUUUUUUCUACAGAUAAGCAGCAGGUUUGAGGUCAUGAAGUUAGAACAAUAGAAACACUGCUGUGUUUCUGUAACCAAGUACUUCCUUAGAGAAAGGCAUAAUUUUUAAUUGCUUUUACAGUGUUCUGAAAAAUUCACAAAUAUUUACACUUAAAAAUACUUUGUUUGUGCUUUACUCAACACAACAUCAGGAUGCAACUGAUUUUUUUACAUGCAGAAUGAAAAAGGACAAGACCUAAGUCAUGAGGCUAUUGACUGAUACAAACUGGGCUCAGUAGACUGUUGCCUGAACUACCAGGUCUGGCUGAAACAAAUCACAUGACAAGGUGAGUGAGAGGACACUGGAGACACAAAACACAUGCUAGAUUUAAAAGCCAUAGGUUUUCACAAUGGUACAGAAUAUGGUUGUUAUUUGACAAACCUCUGACAUGUUACAGUACAUUUGUUAUCUUUCACAAAAGAAUACAAAGUAUUCAAAGUGAGCAAAACUAGAAGCCGCCUUUUAUUUUCUACUAAAGCCUUUGCAACUCACUUCCAGGGUAUAGUUCCAGUGUACAUUUUAUUAAACUUUUACUGUGUGCUAUUAAUGAUUUGCCAAGAGCAAAAAGCUGUGGGUUUCUUUGUUAUAAUAUGGCAUUAUUGUCGAAGCACUGUGGAAAAAAUGUAAUCUAACAAUUUCAGAAUCUAUUGCUUUUGGGAAUUAACAAAACUAAAACAGCUAUAAAAUUAUUGCAGUACUUCCCAAAUUAGCUUGACUUUGUAUAAUUUGCGUACAUGGGCCAACCAUGUUGAAGCGUGAGCUGAAAUUCAAUUUUAAAUUUUGCAUUUUGUGUGUGUGUGUGUAUAUAUAUAUAUAUAUAUAUA